GCAGCAAGGUUGGAGGUCCCCAGUCCAUGAAGGAGACGUGGCCCGGGUGCGGGGCGGCCCCGGGGGCGGCGCUCGGCGUAGUCGGCGCGAGGGAGCCGGCCUGACCGCUCACCAUGUCGAAGGUUUCCUUUAAGAUCACGCUGACGUCGGACCCGCGGCUGCCGUACAAAGUACUCAGUGUUCCUGAAAAUACACCUUUCACAGCAGUCUUAAAGUUUGCAGCAGAAGAAUUUAAAGUUCCUGCAGCUACAAGUGCAAUUAUUACAAAUGGUAAGAAUUCACUUAAAAUUUUUUGAUUACCUCAGAGCUAUAGAAAUUGCUGAGAAGGAACCAAAUUAAUUAAAGUUGGCUUAAAUACAAAAAGCCCCAAAUUUAUACCAGCAGUAAUGAUAUAUAAAGUUAUAAAAAUUAAGUCAGUGCUGUUACCCAUAAUUAGCUCUUCUCAGUUUGAGCUUUUGCUAUAGUGUAGCACUUUAUAAUGCCUGUGUCCUUAUCACUUCAUAACAGAUUAUUACUGUGCUGAAAAUAGCUUUAUCUUUUUUAUUUUUAACAAGUUUUUGGGGUUUUUUGUAAAUAAAGUUGUAUCGCUAAAUGCUUUAGAUUAUAGAAAAUUAAUAGUAUGCCUUUGCUGUACCUUGCUGUUUCUUUCCUGAUAGAAAACUGGUUCUCAUGGGGUUGUAAUAAUGAGGAUUUUAGUCAGUUACAUUUAUAACUUAAAAUCUAGAUGUCGUAGAAUACUGAUGAUAAUUAAGUACAGUGAACUAACCCUGUGAGAAAUAUUGAAAUAACAUGAUUAGAAGUAAAGAUUGCAAAGAGUACUUGAUUAUUUUUCAAGAAUACACAGUAAUGCUCCUGGGG